AGUUUUAUAAGGUAGCAAAAGAUCUUGUUCCAAAACUCUCUAAUUCUUAUGGAAAUAUCAAUGUAAAAAACUGCAACUGCAACAAAACUCUCUAAAUCCAAUCCCUUUACUGAAAUAAAACUCGCUAAUUCAUCUUCCUCCAUUACUGUUUCAAAACUCUCUAACUCCAGGCUUCAACUAGCACACUUCAAGGCAGUACUGCAACAAAACUGACUAAUUCCUAAUCAUAUGAUAGUCAUUGGCAACAUAUUCUUCAAACAGAAAGUGGGCAGUUCCUUCAAAAUAGUUAUUAUUUUGUGUUUAUAUAUUGGCUACACUGUACAGCAGUGCAUCUUGGGAAAUUGUUUGUUUACUUCAUUAGUUAUUUCUGUUUUGUACAAUAUGGCUGAUCCAGAGGUAACCUUAUUACAAAGCGGUAAUGUUGAACCAAUGCCUGACAAUUCCACGAGAAAGAGAAAAAGAAGAGUAGAUAACUGGAAGAAAACCAAGGACAAAAAGAAGAGACACUCCGCUCAAGGAUUCCCAAAUAUUCCAACUUGUGGACAUCGUGAAAGAGCUAACGGAUCCAAGCACUGUUAUGACUGUUCCCGUCUUAAUAUGCAGGACAUAAGACGUUUUCAUCAGGGGUUCUACAAAUCUUGCAAUAAAAUUGACCAAGAUCAAUUUAUACUGAGGUACGCCAAAGGAAAAGUUCCAAAAAGACAUCGGCUUCAAGGUCCUCAUUCUUCUGAAAGAGGUAUGGCUAUUGAAUAUUUCAUACCAUCAUACCGCAAUGAAGGAGGAAGUGAAUUGGUAAAAGUUUGCCAAAAGGCUUUUUUAGAUAUUUUAAAUAUUUCAAAAUUUAGAGUACAAAGAUUGUGCCGUCUUGUGUUUCAAACUGGCGAAUCGCCAAAAGAACUUCGAGGUGGAGACCAUCGUUCUAAAAAGUCUGAGGAAAAACUAUCCAAAGUAAAAACCUUUAUUGAGGCUCUACAACCUGUAGAGUCACAUUAUUGCCGAGGGAAAUCCAGACGGCAGUACCUAGCAAGUCAUUUAAGUAUCUCUAGUCUGUGGAAAUCGUACAACAACACUACUGAAAAUGAGUUUAAAGUCAAGUAUGAGUACUUUAGGAAAAUAUUUGUAGAGAAUUAUAAUGUAGGGUUUGGGUCACCAGCAACCAGUGUUCUCAAUGUCUUAAGCUGAAAGAGAAGAUUCUAUCUGUGGUAGAUUUUGAAGAAAAGGGGAAACUGAAAAUAGAAUUACAA